AUGGAGAGUGUCAAUGCAACGGCCAAUGAGCAAAAUUUAUCCUUCGGGCAAAGAAAAACAUGGCGCUUAGACUCAUUUGCUGCCUUGCAAUCUCCAUUUGCUAACCGGAGUCUGGGCACCACGGAGUACAACAACCAGCCCAUUACAGAGCGCCACGAGAGAAUGGACUACGACUCAGACGAAGACGCUGCUCCCAGCACCGAAGGCAAGCCGCAGUGCAGUGAUUAG